AUGCUAUUCCCCGACUCUAUCUCUGGAAUUUCACCCCACGUCCGCGACCUUGCCGGACUUGUCGAUCGAUGUUGCCAGCAGCAGGAGACAGGGAACGCCAGGCAGGUCUUCUUGAACUCGGCCCUCGCCAUGGAUAUGGCUCGGCUUUCCACGAUUGUCCAGAACAACGUCCAUGACCUCAAAGUCUCACGGGAACAGCGCUUGCAGGCCACCCCACUCAGCUUACCUUACCAGCUCGUUGAUGGUCCAGGCAAGUUUGCUCUUCAUGGCCCUCAUUUGAUGGACCCACUCCGCACUGGAAUCCAGGCUUUCGUCGCCUUACUUGGUAGUACAGACAAACGCAUCAACCAGAACUUUGUCGAUCCCGAGAAGCUCAGAAGACACUUCAAUGGCAACGUCGCCUUGAAUAUUUACAGUAACGUCGAGUUCUUGGAUGGGGCCACUCAGGGGAGUCGAGCUGGGCAGAUCACUAUCACCUUCGAUCAGCCGAUGAAAGCCCAGGGUCUUGACUUUGAUGGACGGAGAGAGUUUUGGGAACGAGCUCGAGGUCGAUUGAUGCAAAGAGGUCUUGUAUAUUUCGCGAGGCGGUCCAAGGGUCAAGUCGGUGGUGAUUACCGUCGUCACCAGGCUGUGUUAUCGGAGAUCCGGCACCGAGAUACUGACGAGCUGUCCGAGUCUUAG